AUGCGGUUCACAGCGAAGGCCGCGGCCCUGGUGGCAUCCAGCAUACCUAGUGCACUGGGCCAGCAUGCCCGGGAUCUGAGUAAUGAAAAGUGGACUCUCAGUAGCGAAGCCUUGAAUCAUACCGUGCCCGGAAGUCUUCCAUCCCACGCCCAUUUGGACCUGUUGAAAGCCGGUGUAAUUGAUGACCCGUAUCAUGGACUCAAUGAUUUCAAUCUUCGAUGGAUCCCGGAGUCUAAUUGGACUUACACCAGUGAGGGGAUUAAGAACUUACUAAAGGAUGUCGAGUCUACCUGGCUCGUUUUUGAUGGACUGGACACUUUUGCAACAGUUGAGUUCUGUGGGAAACACGUCGCUUCAACGAAUAACCAAUACCGCCAAUAUUCUUUCGAUGUCUCUCAGAUUCUGAAGGGCUGCAACGAAGAUCCCGUCUUGAAGAUCAACUUUGGUAGUGCGCCAAACAUCGUGAAUGCAAUUGCCGAGGAUCCUAACUCACCAGUAUGGCCCGACGGAAUACAGCAGACUUAUGAAUAUCCGAACCGAUGGUUCAUGCGCAAGGAACAGUCGGAUUUCGGCUGGGACUGGGGUCCUGCCUUUGCACCCGCAGGACCUUGGAAGCCUGCUUAUAUCGUGCAACUACCGAAGGCGCAAAAUAUUCAUGUCUUAAAUACAGACAUCGACAUCUAUCGAAAAGGGCAGAUCAACCAUCUUCCCCCUGACCAAAGUCAGCCAUGGGUCGUUAAUGCCAGCAUUGACUUUGUGGGCUCUCUUCCGCCCAAUCCGUCCAUGUCUAUUGAAUUCAAAGACACCAAGUCUGGUGAGAUACUCACGUCAAAGCGGAUAGGCAAUGUGACCGUGUCUGGAAAUUCCGUUACUGGUGUGACAGUACUUGGAGGAGUGACUCCGAAGCUCUGGUGGCCACUGGGUCUUGGUGACCAAAAUCUCUACAACAUAACUGUCACUGUUACUGGCCAUCAGAACCAAACCGUGGCCCAUAUCACCAAGAGAACAGGCUUCCGCACAAUUUUCCUCAAUCAACGCAAUAUCACAGAUACCCAGCUUGCCCAAGGUAUCGCACCAGGUGCCAACUGGCAUUUUGAAGUCAACGGACACGAAUUUUACGCCAAAGGCUCCAAUAUCAUCCCGCCAGAUGCUUUUUGGCCUCGGAAUAUGCUCCGUGUUUGGUCAUCUGGCAUAUAUCUCCACGAUUUCAUCUACGACUUAGCUGAUGAGCGAGGCGUUCUUUUAUGGAGCGAGUUCGAAUUCAGUGAUGCUUUGUAUCCGGUCGACGAUGCAUUCUUAGAGAACAUCGCCGCUGAAGUCGUGUACAAUGUCCGUCGUGUCAACCACCAUCCUUCGCUGGCAUUAUGGGCAGGUGGAAACGAGAUCGAGUCACUGAUGCUUCCAACGGUCGAAAAUAAGGCCCCUGAAGAGCAUGCGAAGUAUGUUGGGGAAUAUGAGAAGCUGUAUAUCAGUCUUAUUCUGCCUUUGGUUUACCAAAACACCCGGUCCAUCACAUAUAGCCCUAGCAGCACAACGGAAGGCUAUCUCGACGUCGACUUGUCUGCUCCCGUGCCCAUGGUGGAACGGUAUCACAAUACCACUCCUGGAUCUUACUACGGCGACACCGAUUUCUACAACUAUGACAGUAAUGUCUCCUUUAACUACCAUGUCUACCCAGUGGGUCGCUUCGCCAAUGAGUUCGGAUACCACAGCAUGCCUAGCCUACAAACCUGGCAGCAAGCCGUUGAUCCCGAAGACCUCCAUUUCAACAGUACCACUGUCAUGCUUCGGAACCAUCAUUACCCAGCCGGCGGUACCUUCACCGACAACUUCCACAACACAUCUCUAGGCAUGGGCGAAAUGACAAUCGCAGUGCAGCGGUACUACCCCAUUCCUAACAAGCUGGACUCCGUCGCCAACUUCAGCGCCUGGUGUCACGCGACCCAACUCUUCCAAGCCGACAUGUACAAAUCUGAAAUCCAGUUCUACCGCCGUGGUAGCGGAAUGCCUGAGCGACAACUCGGCUCCCUCUACUGGCAACUGGAAGAUAUCUGGCAAGCGCCGUCAUGGGCCGGCAUCGAAUACGGCGGACGAUGGAAGGUCCUUCACUACGUUUCCAGAGACAUUUACCAGCCCGUCAUCGUCUCCCCGUUCUGGAACUACACCACAGGUGACUUGGACCUCUACGUGACGUCAGAUCUGUGGGAAUCAACAAAGGGCAAGGUAAACCUAACCUGGCUGGACUUAUCGGGCAAGGCUCUCGCCCACAACGCAGGCACACCGGGUUCUGUUCCUUUCAAUGUGGGAUCGCUCAACACCACAAAGGUAUACAGUACCAAUAUUAAGAAUCUUACGCUCUCUAAUCCCAAAGAUGCCGUCCUUGUUCUCUCUCUGUCAGGUGAGGGACAUCUCCCCAACUCGGACGAGAAAACGACAUUCACCCACCAGAACCAUUUCACGCCGGUUUUCCCCAAGGACCUCGCCUUGGUGGAUCCCGGACUUGAACUAUCGUAUGAUUCCAAAGCGAAGAUUUUCACGGUAGAGGCUAAAUCGGGUAUCUCGCUAUACACCUGGCUCGACUAUCCGGCUGAUGUGGUGGGGUAUUUUGAUGAGAAUGCUUUCGUGUUGCUUCCAGGACAGAAGAAGGAAAUUGGCUUUACGGUUCAAGAGGACAAUACUGGAGGGAAGUGGGUGCAGGGGGUUACGGUGCAGAGUCUGUGGAAUCAGACACUUGAGAAGUAG